AUGGCAGCCACAGAGUCUCAGUUGCCCACCGAUCCCAAGUACGAUCAGUACGACUUCCCCACCACCGCUCCGGAGGCACAGGCUGGUCACCCCGGCCACACCUCCCCCGAACAGGAUGCAAAGGUGCAACAGUUCCGCGCUGAGCUCGAAAAGCUCGGCUACACUGAGCGUUUGGAUACUCUGACUCUUCUGCGAUUCCUGCGUGCUCGCAAGUUCGAUAUCGAGGCCGCCAAGACCAUGUUCGUUAACAGCGAGAAGUGGCGCAAGGAGUUUGGCACCGAUGAUCUGGCUCGUACCUUCAACUACACCGAGAAGGAGGAGGUCUUCAAGUUCUACCCCCAGUACUACCACAAGACCGAUAAGGAUGGCCGCCCCGUCUACAUCGAGAAGCUCGGCAAGAUCGACUUGAACCAGAUGUACAAGAUCACCACCGCCGACCGCAUGCUGCAGAACCUAGUGACCGAGUACGAGAAGCUGGCCGACCCCCGUCUGCCCGCCUGCUCGCGCAAGGCCGGCAAGCUCCUCGAGACCUGCUGCACAAUCAUGGAUCUCAAGGGCGUCGGCAUCACCAGCGUCCCCUCCGUCUACGGAUACGUCAAGCAGGCCUCCGACAUCUCCCAGAACCACUAUCCCGAGCGUCUGGGCAAGCUCUACCUGAUCAACGCUCCUUGGGGCUUCAGCAGCGUCUUCAACGCUAUCAAGGGCUUCCUCGACCCCGUCACCGUCAACAAGAUCCACGUCCUUGGCAGCGGAUACCAGAAGGAGUUGCUGGGCCAGGUCCCUGCUGAGAACCUGCCCGCCGAGUUCGGCGGUUCUUGCAAGUGUGCCGGUGGCUGUGAGCUCUCCGAUAUGGGCCCCUGGCAGGAGGCUGAAUGGGCCCGUGCCCCCAAGUGGGCUGCUCCCAAGGAGGAGGCCCCCAAGGAGGUUGCUGAGCCUGUUGUUCAGAACGAGGACCCUGGCUACGAGAAGAAGGAUGUUGAGGGCCAGGAGGGUGCUCAGGCUAGCGCUUAA